AUGUCGAAACCAAACAUUGCAUCUCCUCCCGCCUCGCGAGGGAUGACACCGGAAGAAACUCUGGAGCAGCAGCUCACGGCCAUGCUGAACAGUCCGGGGGAGGAGUUUUCCGUGGCAACCUACUUGAACCUGGCAUUGGACGAUUCGGGGGAGGACCUCCAACAACGCAUGGCCGAAUUGGCCCUGCAAUUCCAACUCUCAACCCAAAGUUGUCACGAAGAAAUUGGACGCAUUGGUGCCGAAUUGCAGGCCAUUUUGCCACGAUGUCAUGCCGAUGUGGGACGUGUCGGGGUCGGAUUGGAUGGCAUGAAACAAGAUGCGGCCGCAUUGUUGGAGAGCACCAGCAUGAAGAGUGAAACGGAAGAAGAAGUCUCGACGUCCCUGGAAACCCUGAGUACGCUGCAUGCGCUGCAGUCUAAUUUUUCUCGAACCAAGGAAAUUUUGACCGCCGCUGCCACGUGGGAUAGUACUCUCUCAUCGGUGGCUCCGCUAUUGGCAGAGCAAAAUCUGACCGAAGCUGUCAAUGCACUCGCUCAAUUGGAAAAUGGUGAACGAGCGCUGCGAGGAAUGCCCAAUCCAGAAGAACGCCACGAAUCCAUUGCCAAAAUUAGACAGCAAGUGCAGGUACUUCUACAGCCUCAGUUGAAGCACGCCCUUCAGAAUAUGAACACGAGACUGGCACCACUCCAACAAUGCGUCAGUCUCUACAUGAAACUGGGGAAAAUGGAUGCUCUCAAAGAGGAAUAUGUCAAAAAUAGACCACUCGCCGUCCACAAGGCAUGGUUCGACUACACGCCCUCCUACGAACCCACCGGUGGAGCCAAUGCGGCUGCUUUGGCCGAAGGAGGUGGCACCGACGCACUUCGCAAUCAGGACAAGGUUUCCAAUUUCUUGACAUGGCUUCCAGGCUGGUAUGAGACAGUGUUAAAUCUCAUUACAGAAGAAAGACGACAAGCAUUGGCCGUCUUUGGUCCAACCAUGGUCCCUGAGAUUUGUACCAAAGUCAUCCAAGAAUGCUUUCGUCCCAUUUUGCCAUCCUUCCAAAGUCGACUGGAAUCUUUGUAUUCGGCCCACCUAACCGGUCCUUCCAAGGGAUCGUUGGAGAGUAUUUGUGCCGUUUACGAGGCAACACUGCAGUUCUUGGCGCUCGCAUAUGAAAAUGUUGCCGGUGGAUGGCUCGAUCUCAUGGAGUCGUCCAAUGCCACUAACAUGGAGGAUGUCAAUGGCCUUGGUCUCUACAAGGACAUGACGGCCUUCUUCUUUCAGGUAGCUUCACCAUUUGCUCUCUAUCAGGAGCGACUCUCCUCGCUAGAAACCAAGCAUUCCAGUGUCGCGGCAAAAUUGGUGGCGGAUGAUAUCAAACAAGCUGUCAGUGCCGUUUCGGAAGGAGGAUCGGCCGACCUCGCAUGUUUGCAGGAUGCAACAGAUCGACUCAAGGGACUUACCACAUUUGUCUUUCCCUUGGCGGAGGGUGCUCUGGCCAGAUUUGAACUCAUGAAUGGCGGUUUUCAUGUGGAGGAAUCCCUUACCAGCGUGGAUGGGCUGAUUGCAGGGCAUGCCAGUAAAAUUGCCAGUGCAAUUCAGUCCUUGUCAUCGUCCAUGACAUCGAAUGAAGACAAACUGGCCGACAAUUUUGAUGACCAGCACGUGCUGUGCGCACUCGAAGUGUUGAAGGUGGCAGGAUCCUUCAAGCGGAGAAUGAAGGUGUUUGAAGGCAAAACACAAGAACGAAUCAAAGUCUUGGCAGAAAGAAUGGCAGCGUUUUCAGCCAAAGAAAAGAAAAUCGAAGACACGUUGUCGGGGGCAGCCAAAACAAGCAGCGAUGGUCCCUUCACGCUGCCUGAUGCCCUGUCGGUUGUCGAGAUUGACUCGUUCUUGACCAAGGCUGUUUGUGGAAGUGGCGACAGCCACGUGGAUGAGGAUGCCAACAAUGUCACGUUGGAACUCCUGCAACGGCUGGCGGGUGUCUCAACCGACAGCGCUGUGCCAACUGAGACGCCUGUAGUACUUUACAAGGAAGUCGACGCAGCAAUGAUAGCGCUUACAACCAGCUGUCAUGCGUUUGUGUAUGAUGUUUGCUCCGCCGUGCCUCGUAAGCACCUGCGUGGCAUCUCCACCAUGGCGUCUUGGAAGGAGGAAAGUGGCAACGAUGACCUUGCGUCGUAUGGAACCCUGCCUCAAACCUACAUCACGCAAGUCGGUGAACACAUGCUUGCAUUGGUGCAGGCCCUGGAACCGUUUGCGUCGGAUGCUGAGGCGCUUUCUCUUGCCAAUGAAGUCAUGGAUGGAGUUCGCGACGUGGCGCUUCAGUACUGGCGCGAGUUUCUGGCAUCGGCUGGUUCCAUGGAAAAGAACGAUGAGAUUGUGAAGACACUGAUGAACGGAGAAGAAAUCCUGGAUCUCGUGAUCAGUGCGAUCCCCCAUGAGGAAGACGAAGAAGAUGAGGAGGAAGACGAGGCUACGAGAGCCAGUACUGCUUUCUGCAACGCCUGGUUGGAUGCUGUGGGGUUGUCCGUGACUGGGCGUCUCUUGGAGCGCAUCAUGCGUAUUCCUCAGUUGACCUCGAAAGGUUGCGAGCACCUUUCAUCAGACCUCAACUACAUUGUUAAUGUCUUUUCGGCGCUAGGCCUCGACGGUCAUCCUCAUCCUUUGGUGAGCCACGUUGCCGAACUCUCCACACUCGACGGAGACUUGUUCAAAGAACGAAUCUCGAACUGGGACAGAAGCGACCCGACACAAGCUGCUAUGCAGUGCAUCGAACAAAGGGUAGCACUCAUGAGAGGCGUUCAUUAA